AUGAGCACAAUCGUCUUUAAUAAGUUUGAUGAUCGCGUCUUGUUUGAGGAGAACGCCAAAGAUAUUGAGAGAGCCAGUAUCAACUAUUUAGAGGUAAUGGAUGGACAGCAUUCAGAUUUACUGUCGAAUCACAAGGCGGUGGAUGACAGCACAAUAAGCAAACACAGGAGGAGCGGCUCUCGGGUGAGUGUUGGGAAGGUGCGGCACAAGCGGCAGGCCCUGCAGGAUAUGGCGCGUCCACUGAAGCAGUGGCUUUAUAAGCAUAGGGACAAUCCUUACCCCACCAAAACAGAGAAGAUACUGCUGGCACUGGGCUCCCACAUGACCCUGGUGCAAGUGUCAAACUGGUUUGCUAAUGCUCGGCGCAGACUGAAGAACACAGUACGACAGCCAGACCUGAGCUGGGCUCUACGCAUCAAACUCUACAACAAAUAUGUCCAGGGCAACGCAGAGAGACUCAGCAUCAGCAGUGAUGACACCAUGUCUGAGGAUGGUGAGAACGCUCUACGGAUGCAAGCCAACGAAUCCCAGUUCAGUAGGCCCGCUGACCGAAGUGUCAUCCAGCAGGACAGCAGGGACAAAGGCCCAGGGCUGCGGACGGAACACACCCUCUGUGACGAUUAUGUCUCUCCGCCCAAGUACAAAAGCAGUUUAUUAAAUCGCUAUCUCAACGACUCCCUGCGCCACGUCAUGGCCGCUGACAGAGUCACGGACUCUCAUAAGAGGAAUCACUCAGGAUCGUUUAGCUCCAGUGAGUAUGACGACGAGCUCCUCUCCCCCUCCUCCUCAGAGGCAGAAGCUAACUUCACCUAUCGGGCAGGUAAGAUCUGCUCUCUCUGUUUCCAUGGCAGCGGCAUCAGUAAAGAGAGCGGGCAGGGUAAAGAUGAGACGUACUGGCGAGAGAUCCACGCUGCCAUGGCUUUGACCAACCUUGCCCAGGGCGAAGAGAGCGCCAAAGCGGGAGCCACAACAGGCACCACCAGCUGCAUCAUACAGAAAUCCUCACACAUAGCCGAGAUUAAGACUGUUAAAGUGCCCUUAACUCCACGGCACUAG